UCUAGUGUCUCCUCCUAGUGGCAGCAGCUGUACCCACAGUCCUGUGUCCCUCAAUGAACUAAGUGAGAGAGAUUUUACAGGAAGGGAGAACUGGAAACGAGACGACAUGAACCCCGGCAAGACCUCCCGGGAAGCGGAUCCUUGUCAGAUAUACGUUGGGAACCUUCCAUGUGACACGACUGAGGAUGAAAUUUUGAUUUUUUUCAAAGACUACAAUCCAGUAAAUGUAAAACGGGUGCAGAAGAACCAGAAAUGCUUUGCCUUCAUCCAAUUGUCCAGUGUGGAGAAUGCAACCCAGGCCAUCGCCAAACUUCAUAAAUCUGUGCUGAGGAGCCGCACCCUGGUGUUGAGGCGAUUUUCUGUGCAAUACAAUGAGAAGCUGGAGCCUCAGAUGAAAGAAAGACGUGAUGACCAGAUAUUUGUCAGCAAUCUCCCUUUUGAUGUCUCGGAGGUGGAUCUCCAUGAAUUAUUUCAAGAUUUCAAUCCACUAAAAAUUAAAAUAUUAACCAAAGAAACCUACAGCUUUGCAUUCCUGACAAUGGCCAACAUAGAGGUGGCUCGGAUGGCAGUCCACAAAAUGCAUGGCUUCAUGUUCAGAGGUCAGCACAUGUCAUGCAAAGUCCACUUUGAUGCAAAGCAUCCUAGGAAAGAUUCCGGCAUCGCUGAGGAUCCUGCAGAUACACCGAUCAGUGUUGUGAAAUCCAAGCCAAGUGAGAACGAGACGCCCAUCUCCCCUGGAAAUGGGGAGAACAGAAUCUAUGUGGACAACCUACCAACAGAUGCCACUAAGGAAGACCUUUUAUUGCUGUUUAAAAGAUACAGACCGGUGUCUGUGCGCCGAGAACCUCACUUGGAAAUACGACUAGGCAUUGUGGAGGUGAAUACAUCUGAUGAUGUGAUGCGGGCAGUGAGUCACCUUAAUGGCACCAUGUUUAAAGGCUCUCGUCUGCGCCUAGCUUCAGUGACCAGUAGCAGAAGACUGUCUGAGAAUGCAACGAGUCCUCCUCCUGGGCCGGCCCUGGACGGCACACUAAACUACGAGGACUGUAAAGCAGUGAAAGAAAAUGUCGUGACUGCCAAGAACCUGCUUUUAAUUCCUGUGGAGAUGAGGGGGUCUUUCCUGGCCGCCAUGCUUAAAGGAUGUUUCCAGGACUUGAGCUGGCUUGCAGGCAUAAUGAAUACAAGAGGAGAAUUGAGUUUACUAGUGACCAACACUUACCUUUGCUCCCAGUACUUCUGGGCUGUGCCCGUCAGAGAGGAAACCUACAACACCCUAUCUGACAUCUGCACGAGGCUGGUGCAGGCAGAACCACAGCUGCCGUGUGUGACCAAGGAUGACGUGCGCAGAGGGACCCGAUGUCUGGCGCAGUGCGUCCUAGCGGAGGAGGACGGGACUUGGAGCAGAUGUUGGGUGGCUGACGUGGCUGGUGACGCUGCAGUCGUCUUCUUUCUGGACUAUGGUGUGACGGAUGUCAUCCCCAUCAACAGCCUGCGGACCCUGGAUGACGACCAGUACUGGAGCGCUCCUCCAAUGGCUCAGCCAUUUCUCUUACGGCAAGGGCCUGAGGUUUCAAGGUUAAUAGGAACUGUCUUAAGGGGCCGAACCAGUGGCUCUUGCUCCAGAGAGCAACACAUUCAGAAGUUCUGCACUUACCCGAAUGAAGACUGAACUUAAGAGGGAGUCUGCCCCUGGAUGCCUCGUUCUUUGUUACUGUGGCAUUACACGCAGCGAAUAGUCACCUUGUGCCCUGAGUAGUAGUUUAUCAGGAAGACGGAGGAGUCUUAAGGUGACUGACGUUUAGUUCUAGGUUAACUUUUUUUUAU